CGCGGAGGUCUUUGUCCUUCAAUAAAAGCCCUUGGGAAGCAGCGGAAUCAAGAGGGGACCGGGAGGGGAGCGGGAACGCGCGGCCCGCGUGCGGCGCUGGGGCCACGCCCCUUCCCUCUGGCCACGCCCCCUUUCCUCUGGGCGGGAACGGCUCGCGCGAGGCCCCGCCCCUCUCCUCCGCCGUGAGGCGAUUCCCGCCCCCGCCACCGGCUCCCCCUCAGUCCCGCGACGCUCCCGGGAGUCCCCAGAAAGCCUCGGCCCCUGGCCCUGCCCCGGGGCAGCGGUGGCACCGGAGCACCCUGAACACGAUGGCUGCAGAAGUUCCCUGCGCCCCGGGCGCCGUCAUCCCCCCGUCAGCCCCUGCCGAGAGCGGCUGCUCGGACGAGUUUGCCCUGGACUGCACCUUCGCUGCCUGCGACCCUGAGCGUACAGGGAUGGUGCAGCCGCAGCAGGUGGUGGAGUACGUGGCAGCGAUGACGGGGCACAGCGGGCACGAUGGGCGGCUGCAGGCACUGCGGCGAGCGCUGGACCCUGCAGCCGCAGGCACAGCGCUGGACUGGACCCGAUUCCGCAUGGCCAUGGGCGCCUGGAUCGCAGCGUGCCGGCAGGAUGGGGCUGAGGAGCAGGACAUGGCAACUGGUGACACUGGACCAGUGCCAGUAGAGGACGACGGACAUGCAUCCCCAGCAGCCGCUGAGCUCCAGGGUGACAACACGGACAUCACCACCCACAGCGCUGAGGCUGCGGGGCUGCGGAGCCGUGCCCGGCAACUGGCGGCCCAGAACGCCAAACUGCAGCGGGAUGCGGAGCUGGCUGAGGAGCUCAACGCCCGCCUGGCUGAGGAGAUUGCACAGCUCCAGACGCAGCUGCGAAGCAGCCGGCAGGCGCUGGAGCAGGCCAGGGUGGCCGUCGAUGAGCUGGACGACAUGAAGGCCGUGGUGAAGCGGCUCGAGGAGGAGAACACCGAGCUCCGGCGGCAGGCACGGCACACGGAGAAGGAGCAGCGCAGUCUGUGCUCGCAGGCUGAGUGUCUACAGGAGGAGAACCAGCGGCUCCUCGCCGAGGGCCAGGGACUGCGGGAGCAGAUCCAGGCGCAGGUGGCCCGGAUGGACAGCCUGGAGGCCCAGCUCUGCCGUGGCACUGCCCUGCUCUCUGCCCGGGAUGCAGCCCUUGCCCAGGCAGGGCAGCGGGCGCAGGAGCUAACAGCAUCACUGGAGGAGUACGAGCGGAUGGUGCAGGAAUUGCGUCUGGAGACAACGCGGCUGCGGCAGCAGCUGGGCCAGCUGCGGGAUGCCUGGGCCAUGCGCCCGUGGUGCCCGCGUGGCCAGCUGGACAUCCAGGCCACAGCGGCGACAGCGAGCCCGGGGACAGGGGACAAGGAGGAGGAGGAGGAGGAGGACACAGGGACAGUGGUGUCCGGAGGAGGAGGCCUGGUGUGGAGCAGUGAGGAGGUGGCCAAGGCAGUGGCCCCGCAGGCGCCAUUGUCACCGUGGACGCCGCUGUCACCAUGGGCUCUGGUGCUGCUGGCACUGCUGGCCCUGCUCUACCUCUUGCCCUGCCAGUGGCCCCAGCUCCAGCUGCACUACCGGAGCCCCCCGCCCCUGUGAGACCCCCAGUAAAGGCCAGUUGGGCACUACUUUGUCCACCCCACUCCAUACCAGCUCCCCCAAACACUCGUCCCAGUCCGCCCAGUCUUCCCAGAGCAGGGUCAGAGUCAGGGUGUCAACAUCAGCUUUAUGGGCACUGCA